CCGGGCGAGAGGGGGCAUUGUGUCGGCAGCGCCGAGCCGCAUUUGUCUGCUCGAGGUGCUGGCGGAGUGAGCGUUGUGUCCGGCGGCCGGCCGCGAGCUGGAAGUGUCAUCGGUGGCCGCGGCCCCGGGAGGAGACCGAGUCGGAGGAACCUCGCGCCCGCUGUCCACGACCACCGGCAGGGAGCGGCGUGCCAGCGGAGCAACAUGCAGAUAGGCGCCCGGCGCCCUGACGACCCCUCCAGAGGAAAAGAGUCCGGGGCGGCGCUGGGGCGGCGGGGAGCAUGAAGGAGGCCGGGGGGCGGCUCAGCUCCGAGCGCUGCUAGGAGCGCUGCGCGCUGCACAGUCGCCAGGGCGCAGCGGAGGGCGGGGAGCCGGGCGGGUCGCGCCAGCGAGCGGGAGCCGGUCGCCGGGAGCUGUUCUGAUUUUGGACGCGGACGCUAGGGGCCCGGAGCAGCCCCCGACCCCGGCGUGCAGCCAACAUGGGCAACGCGGGGAGUAUGGAUUCGCAGCAGACCGAUUUCAGGGCGCACAACGUGCCUUUGAAGCUGCCGAUGCCGGAGCCAGGUGAACUGGAGGAACGAUUUGCCAUCGUGCUGAAUGCUAUGAACCUACCCCCUGACAAAGCCAGGUUACUGCGGCAGUAUGACAAUGAGAAAAAGUGGGAACUGAUUUGUGACCAGGAACGGUUCCAGGUGAAGAACCCUCCCCACACAUACAUUCAGAAGCUCAAAGGCUAUCUGGAUCCAGCUGUAACCAGGAAGAAAUUCAGACGGCGUGUUCAAGAAUCCACACAAGUGCUGAGAGAACUGGAAAUUUCUUUAAGAACCAACCAUAUUGGAUGGGUCAGAGAGUUUUUGAAUGAAGAAAACAAAGGCCUCGAUGUCCUGGUGGAGUAUCUGUCGUUUGCACAGUAUGCGGUAACGUUUGACUUUGAAAGCGUGGAAAGCACCGUGGAGAGCUCGGUGGACAAAUCAAAGCCCUGGAGCAGGUCCAUCGAGGACCUGCACAGAGGCAGCAACCUGCCCUCCCCCGUGGGCAACAGUGUGUCCCGCUCCGGAAGGCAUUCUGCACUGCGAUAUAAUACUUUGCCAAGCAGAAGAACCUUGAAAAAUUCAAGAUUAGUGAGUAAGAAGGAUGACGUGCAUGUCUGCAUCAUGUGUUUACGUGCCAUCAUGAAUUAUCAGGGCUCUGUGGUAAACAGGCAAAAAGUUACAAUUACUUGUCUGCUGGACCCAGUGGGUCCUAGUAUCUAUAAGAAGCACCCGGAGGAUUUUUGUUACAAGUUGGGUUCCUUCUUCAGAACAAAAGCCCUUGUGUUAGAACUGUUGGCAGCCGUUUGUCUUGUCAGAGGCGGGCAUGAAAUCAUUUUAUCAGCAUUUGACAACUUUAAGGAGGUUUGUGGAGAAAAACAGCGCUUUGAGAAGUUGAUGGAACAUUUCAGGAAUGAAGACAAUAACAUCGAUUUUAUGGUGGCCUCUAUGCAGUUUAUUAAUAUUGUAGUCCAUUCAGUAGAAGAUAUGAAUUUCAGAGUUCAUCUCCAGUAUGAAUUUACCAAGUUAGGCCUGGACGAAUACUUGGAUAAGCUGAAACACACGGAGAGUGACAAGCUACAGGUGCAGAUCCAGGCGUACCUGGACAACGUGUUUGACGUGGGAGCUCUGCUGGAAGACGCCGAGACCAAGAACGCAGCCUUGGAAAGGGUGGAGGAGCUGGAAGAAAACCUCUCUCAUUUGUCUGAAAAGCUGCAAGACACGGAGAACGAAGCCAUGUCCAAGAUCGUGGAACUGGAGAAGCAGCUCAUGCAGAGGAACAAGGAGCUGGAUGUGGUUCGAGAAAUCUACAAAGAUGCAAAUACCCAGGUUCACACCUUAAGGAAAAUGGUCAAAGAAAAAGAAGAAGCCAUUCAAAGACAGUCUACCCUGGAAAAAAGGAUUCAUGAACUGGAAAAACAAGGGACCAUUAAAAUUCAGAAGAAAGGGGAUGGGGACAUCGCCAUACUGCCGGUUGUGGCUUCUGGCACGUUGUCCACGGGCUCGGAAGUAGCAGUGGGACCAGUAACGGGGGCUGCCGCCUCGGGACCCUUGCCCCCUCCUCCCCCACCUCUACCUCUGUUGUCAGAUGCACCUGAAACAGUGCAAAAUGGUCCGGUAACACCACCUAUGCCGCCCCCUCCUCCGCCCCCUCCCCCGCCACCGCCUCCCCCACCCCCUCCACCUCCGCCUCUGCCGGGUCCUGCCUCCGAGACUGUGCCAGCUCCUCCUUUACCACCACCCCUUCCUCCUUCUGCACCCCCGCUGCCUGGGACGUCUUCACCCACAGUGGUUUUCAACUCAGGAUUAGCAGCUGUGAAAAUUAAGAAGCCAAUCAAGACGAAAUUCAGAAUGCCAGUUUUUAACUGGGUUGCCCUGAAGCCAAAUCAGAUCAAUGGCACGGUCUUCAAUGAAAUUGAUGACGAGCGAAUUCUGGAGGAUUUAAAUGUGGAUGAAUUUGAGGAAAUUUUUAAGACAAAAGCCCAAGGUCCUGCCAUUGAUCUUUCUUCAAGCAAACAGAAGAUAACGCAGAAGGGAUCCAACAAGGUGACGUUACUGGAAGCAAAUAGGGCCAAAAACCUUGCCAUCACUUUAAGGAAGGCUGGAAAGACCGCCGACGAGAUCUGUAAAGCCAUUCAUGUCUUUGACUUGAAGACGCUGCCUGUGGACUUUGUGGAAUGUUUGAUGAGGUUCUUGCCGACCGAGAAUGAGGUGAAAGUGCUUCGGCUCUACGAGCGGGAGAGGAAGCCGCUGGAGAACUUGUCGGACGAGGACCGCUUCAUGAUGCAGUUCAGCAAGAUCGAGAGGCUCCUGCAGAAGAUGACCAUCAUGGCCUUCAUCGGGAACUUCGCCGAGAGCGUCCAGAUGCUCACGCCUCAACUGCACUCCAUUAUAGCAGCAUCUGUCUCUAUAAAGUCGUCUCAAAAACUGAAGAAAAUUCUGGAGAUCAUCUUGGCCCUUGGGAACUAUAUGAACAGCAGUAAACGAGGAGCAGUUUAUGGAUUUAAGCUUCAGAGUUUAGAUCUGCUUUUAGAUACGAAGUCGACAGACCGAAAGCAAACACUGCUGCACUAUAUAUCCAAUGUCGUAAAGGAAAAGUAUCAGCAAGUGUCCCUCUUUUACAAUGAGCUUCAUUAUGUGGAGAAAGCUGCUGCAGUCUCCCUCGAGAACGUCUUGCUGGACGUGAAGGAGCUGCAGAGGGGCAUGGACCUGACCAAGCGGGAGUACACCAUGCACGACCACAACACGCUGCUGAAGGACUUCAUCCUCAGCAACGAGGGGAGGCUGAAGAAGCUGCAGGACGACGCCAAGAUCGCGCAGGACGCCUUUGAUGACGUGGUGAAGUAUUUUGGAGAAAACCCCAAGACGACGCCGCCCUCUGUCUUCUUCCCUGUGUUUGUCCGGUUUGUGAAGGCCUACAAGCAAGCGGAGGAGGAGAACGAGCUGAGGAAGAAACAGGAACAGGCGCUCAUGGAGAAGCUCCUGGAGCAGGAAGCUCUGCUGGAGCAGCAGGACCCAAAGUCUCCUUCUCACAAAUCAAAGAGGCAGCAGCAAGAAUUAAUUGCAGAAUUAAGAAGGCGGCAAGUUAAAGAUAACAGACAUGUGUACGAAGGGAAGGAUGGUGCCAUUGAAGAUAUUAUCACAGAUCUUAGAAACCAACCAUACAGACGAGCCGAUGCGGUGAGGAGAAGUGUCAGGCGGCGCUUUGAUGAUCAGAACUUGCGUUCUGUUAAUGGUGCCGAAAUAACCCUGUGAACCUGAGACCUGACUGAAUGAAUAGAGGGUGUGCGUGAAAGAAGCUGUCCACAUGAACUUUAUGUGCCGCCAUUUAACUGCAGCCUUGAACAUAGAUGAAGUAUUCUAAGGGCUCAGAUUUAGCAAACAUAGGAAUUUUAAAAUGAUGGGCCCUCCUUUCAACCUUUGUUAACAAGUGCCUAAAAGUGGAAGUACCUGCUCAGAUUAAUCAAAGCAAUAGGAUUGGAUUUGAUUAGGUAUCUUUUUACACCAGUAUGUUACUCAAUUUUUUAAUCAAAUUGUAAAUUUCCUAUUACGUGUAUUACCUGCCAUUGUGAAUGUCCCGGGAUGGCCCACCCUGGUUUCCUACGAAGUUGUAAAUAAGAUGGAUGCCUCUGUGGUGGGCUCCUUUGUUGAGAUGUCUUUUAAGGAAUUUUGUGUUUCAGUCAUACCCACCAACUUUGUAUUUUUAAGGGCUUGCAACAUGGAAGGAGGAGGGAAAAGUCUCAUGAUAAACUUGUGUCCAAAACCAAGCCCUAGCAAAGUUCACAUAGAUUGCAAUUCCAGUAGCUCAGGAGGAUACUCAGCGGUCUCCUUUCACAGUCUACUACCCCGUGCUAGUGUACCGUGCCCUCCCUGGGAGAGUCCCCGUAUGAAUGCAAGGAUAUGAUGGCAUACAAAUGUUGCACAGUACUGUGUUCUUCAGCUAGGGGCAGCUUUGAAAAGAUAAUGCAAUAUAUUUAUUAAUUAGCACUAAAAUUAACAUCUCAGUAAUCAGUAUUAGGAUUUCUGAGGAUCAUUAUGGGUCAAAACUGAGAAGAGAAAUCAGUGCCUUGCUAGCCAGGAAUAAGUUCACUAGUUCAAUCAACAGUGCUCAAGAUUACUUCUGCUGGCGGAGAAGUAUUAGUCACCCAGCCUUACUCUCCUCUGACAAUCGGUUGGCUCCCCCGCCCCCCUGCCCUUCUUCCUUUUGUAAGUCGGAGAAGAUAUAUUUGGCAUCAUAUAUCAAAGCGAAAAACUUUGUAUUUCCCAGAUUACCUUAUGAGGAAUUGAAUAUUCAUGUUGGGAUAAAGCUUAAAUGAUAUAUAAUGGGACUAAAUGGCCAACUAAGCCACUGUUACUUUUCCUUCCUCUGGCAGGGCACUCGAUCCAUUCCAAAGUCAAAAACUGGACUGAAGCUAAUUUGUACUUUUCAUAAUAUACAUUCUGCUUCUGGCUUACCUUCUUGGUACAUCACAUCAGUAUAUUAAUUGUAAAGUUUAUUGUAUAGUAUUUAACCACUGAAUUUCUUAUUUUAUGUUGUGCUUAUGUGAACUCCUUGGUGAAGGUCCAAUUUUCCUUGGAUAAUGUGUAGUUAUAUAUGAUCUCUUUUUAAAUGUACAGAUAUUUUGCUAUAAAAUUGGUGCAGUUUUUUAUGGUUUUUACACUUAAUUCCCACCUAAGCCUCUGGGUAAUAUUGUAAAUAUUGUUUAAAAAUGCAUCGGCCUAUGCUAUACAAUCUGAAUGUUAUUUUAACUUAUAGUUUUUUUAAUAUAUAUAUUUAACUACAAGGACAGUUUAGAGAUCAGUUAUCACAUUUCACUUUAGCAUACCUAUUUACAGAAAGAUUGCUUUUAAACAGCCACCUGCCAGCAAAUUUUCAUAAAUGUGUACUUUAAAAAGAACAUGCCAAGAUUUUUUCUGUUGACUCAACAUUAAUUUUGACAAUACCAUGAGACACACAAUACAAAUUGGUCCUUUACCACAAGCAGCUGUUUCCCAAAGCUCAAUGCUGACGAGCAUAUUAAACUCACUACUAUUUAUUAAUCUCCAAGUAGACAAUAAUGUUGGCAUGUUCUUUUCUGUUUGUCUAUUAAUAGGCCUGCUUCUUAGCAAUAUUAGAAAUGUUUUAUAAAAGCAGUUCAUGUUACUUUUCUGGUCUUUUCAUGGCAUAUGAGCAAAUAAAACUAUUUACACCACUAUCCUGUAA